UUCGGUAUCAGAGUCGAGUAGUAAGAACUCGGACAAUCUUCGCAAGAAAGUCUCAACAAGCUCGUCCUCCACUUGGUCAUCAUGUACAAGUGCACCGCUCUUCUCGCCCUGCUCGUCGCCUGCGUCGCCGCGGCGCCCGCUCCUGGCUACCUGGCGUCCGCAGUCGCACCCGCCGUCGCGUACUCGGCGCAUCCUGCAUCCGUCGUCCACGGCGUCCACGGCGUCCACGCGGCUGCCCCGCUCGCCUACGCCGCUCAUGCAGCUCCAAUCACCUACGCCGCGCACGCAGCCCCGCUGGCCUACUCCGCUCCGCUCGCCUACACCGCGCACAAUGCGCACCUCGCCUACGCCGCACCUGCCGUCAGCUACAUCCACUAAUUUCCCUUGGAUCAUGAUGUAAGAAUACAGGUGUAUCACUGCGCAUAAUGCCGAUACUGGAAACGACCAAUCAAAUUUCGGUCCAAAUGCUGCGUAAUAACAGCAGUAACGUACUAGAACAGCCAAUCAAAUUCAUAUUCCUCCUGCGCAUCCUCGGGACUGAUACAUCUUGUUUUUUUACAUCAGGAGGUGGACCUGCAGGACGCACUUUCCUUGGGAGCACGACAAGGCCCAAUCUUCUAUUGCCCGAGUGACAAUGUUGUCUGGAUAUUUUUUUUUCUCGACAGAGAGGAAAAUAACACAUAUAUAAUUUUUAUUAUACUUAACACACAU